GUGCUUACCGAUGAAAAUGAAGCCGCACCAUAGCCUAUGGGAUUUCUCUCUCGAAAAAUAGGGUUUAGUGCUCAAGGUUCGUAUAUAAGGUGCUAUUUUAAAAUUCUUAAUCGUGAGUUGCAAUGGUGUUUAAUUUCAUACGUAGAAGAUUUUUAAUCCAUGCGAGGCCUCAUAUCAACCACGAACUGUGCUGCUAUGGCUCCUUAUCCUCUUCCGCGUCCAAGUCGUCUCCAUUUACAACCAAAACAUCAGCUUCCUUAAAUCAACACUCAUUUACAGUAACUUACCUCAUCAAUUCAUGUGGGAUUUCUUCCGAACAUGCAAUUCUAGUCUCCAAACAUCUAGAUCUAUCAAAAUCCCCAAACACGGCAGACUCUGUUCUGGCCUUUCUCAACAACUAUGGGUUCACCAAAUCACAAGUUUCAAAGGUCUUUCAAAUACCGAUAUUGCUGCAAUUGUAGCCGCUAGACCGAAAGGUAUUUUGGCUAAAAAGCUGCAAGAUACAGCCAUUCCAUGUUUUAACUACUUAAAAAGCGUUUUAGGGUCCGAUGAUAAAGUUGCCAGUUGCAUUAAGCGCUUCCCUCUUGCUUUAACUUACGAUUUAAAAGUCUAUGCUGCUGAAAACAUUCAACUUCUACUUGAUACAGGGGUUCCUAAACUUAGAAUAGCAUCAAUGUUAGCGCAACAACCUAGAACUUUCUUUACAUCUGCUGAUAGAUUUAAAAAGGUUGUUGGGGAUGUGAAGGAAAUGGGGUUUGACCCUUCAAAAUCAAGAUUUCUUUGGGCUAUUCAUGCUAUUAGGGCAAUGAGCAAAUCCACAUGGGAUAAGAAGAUAGAGCUUUAUAAGAAAUGGGGUUGGUCUGAAGAUGAGAUUUUUGUGGCUUUUGAGAAAUAUCCAGGGUGUAUGAUGGCUUCACCUGAUAAAAUUUCAAGAAUCUUGGAUUUUCUUGUGAAUACGAUGGGGUGGGAAAGAAGCUACAUUGUUCAAUGGCCGAUAGUUAUUUGUUUUAGCUCAGAGAAGAGGAUUAUUCCUAGGUGUUUGGUUUAUCAGUAUUUAGCAGAGAAAGGAUUGAUUGAGGAGAAAGAUGGUUUUUGCUUCAACAAAUGGUUGAUGUAUUCAGAAAGCAAGUUUCUCAAAUGGCUUGUGAAGAGGUAUGAAGAGGAAGCCUCAGAACUGUUGAAAUUGUAUCAGAAGCAUUUGGAUGAGGCAAAUUGACUAAAUCUCUUUGUUCUUAUUCAUCAAAACAGAAAUGUAGUUUGACUUUUUAGAUUGAAAUUAGAAAUUUUGAAAACCGUUUCGUACAGGUUUUAUAAUCCAAAUGAAGUUGGGGGGCAUCCAUGGUUUUCUUGAUUGUGAUCGAUGUGCCUUUUCUUUUUGCAAAUUGAUGAUUAUACUUUUUUUGGGGGAAGGAACUUCCUAAAAUUGAUGAUUAUAACACCAAUGUCUACAUCAUCAUUUUAUGUCAUAUUUGAUUUCAUUCCAUCUAGUUUUGUAAAAAUUAUCAAUGUGAGCAAGGUUGUCAAAUUUGUACCAAAUAAUUUCAACAUUUAUAAAUAAUUUAUAGCUGAUAUGUUUGGUAGCUAACAUAUUUAGAUGUUAACACUAUACUAAAUGAGUAAUCA